AUGAAUGCUGAUUUGAAGGCGUUGUUCGAGGCGCAGAACGACAUCCAUGGACGAAUGUCCCGCUCCGUGGACAAUCUGCGUAAGAUGGGCGUCUCGAGCAUCACCGCCGAAGCAAUCCAGGCUCGCCUCCGCAUCCUCGAGACGUUAUGGACGAGAUUCGAGGCCCAUCACGACCUCAUCGUGGCGGCUCUAAAAGACAAAUAUCUCGAAAGUGAGUACGCAAAAGCAGAUUUUAUCGAUACUGCGGAAACCACUUACGUGACACAACGGAGCAUGUUAAUUGAUUACGCUAACAAGCUCAAGAGCGAGAAGCCCGCCACGCUCAAAAGCGAGUCUUCUCAGGAGCAGGCUCCUAAGACGUCGUUGCCGCGCAUCAAACUCCCGACGUUCUCUGGGUCCUACGAAGAAUGGCCCUCGUUCCGCGAUCUCUUCCUGUCAGUCAUCGGGGAGAAUGCGUCAGUCUCCGACAUCGAGCGCUUCCACUAUCUCCGGUCUUGCGUCAAGGGACCCGCUGAAAGAUUGAUCAAAUCUUUGACUGUGACCGGUGACAAUUAUCAGCGCGCAUGGGUGAUUCUGUGCAGACAUUUCGAAAACAAAAGAGAGCUCAUUCGCUCUAAUUUCGUCGCGUUUACCUCCCGGUCCCGAAGAUGA